AUGCUUCCUUCAUCUCAGCAAUCAUUUCAACCAAUGAUGAUGACUGGUCGAAUGAAAAGUGUUUUGAUUUUAAAACGAAAUUUUGAUAAAAAUAUUGUCAGAAAGGAAUUUGCAACAAUGAAAACAAAUGCAAAAGAUCAAAUUCUACGAACUCAAUUUCUAAUACACAUAGCCAGGUACAGAUUUCAAAAUAAAUAUGGAAUACGGUAUUACAUUUUAAUAUUUUGUAUAAUAUUCUACGCUCUAUUAGGUGGUAUUAUAUUUCAUGCUACCGAACAUCAUGAUGAAAUUCAAUAUUUGGAGAGAAAUGUUGAUAAAUUAAAUAUGUUAAUAAGUGGUUUAACGGAUCGUAUUUUCAACGCUGCAAAUAUUACUUUAACACGAAGAAGGCAAAAUCAUGUGGAUGAACUCAUUAAGUAA